GGGGGCGCUGCAGUAUCUUCUCCUCAGCCUCGGGCUCGUGCAGCUGGAGCUCAGAAGGAAACAUGGCGGCGCUGUAUGAGUCGUACACGCUGUGUGCGCUCGCGGAACCGGGGCCAGCCGGAGCGCGAGCGGUGGAACCGGACCGGGACCAGGACCGCGUCAUCAUCACCGAGUCCGGCCGCGCGGUGACGGUUUAUAAGGUCUCAGAUCAGAAGCCGUUGGGUAGCUGGACAGUGAAGCAGGGUCAGUGCAUAACCUGCCCUGCUGUCUACAAUUCACAAACAAAGGAGUAUGUUGUAGUUACAGAUGAAAAGGUGGUCAGAGUUUGGAAAGAUGAAGACAUCAGUAUUGAAAAAGCUUUCAAAGCAACAGUGUCGGCUGAAGUGUACAGGAUUCAUUCAAUCCCUGACAGAGAGCCGGUGGUGCUGUUUCGGUGUGGGGCAGUGCGGUCCUUGGAUUCGCUCCUCUCUGCUCCUCAGCAGCCUGUGGAGAAAGUGCUGUCUGAGGAGGAGGUGAUCAGAUGGAGCACAGUAGUGCAGACAGAGCAGCAAGUAGUUCUUCUCUUCAGCACAGAACAGAAGGAUGAGCACUAUCUCUAUGUUCAGAGAUUCAGUCCCAACACUCUAGUAAAGCACAGACUGGAGACUCAUUCUACUCCUCUCAGCUUUGCUGCCACAUACAGAGAUGGAAAUAUACACCUGCUUUACCUGUUUUCGAAUGGGUGUGUGUAUGAGAGUGUGCUCCAGACACGACCCACAGGUUUGGCAGUGUCUGAAUCAGUUCAGGCCCUGCCCCGCUCUGUGCUCCUGCAGCUGCCCGUAGGUGAGGGAGAACUGACCUCCGCCUCUGCUCUCCCCCUGGAUGAGGCUCAUGUAGCUGUGGUGGGGGUCCCACACCCUUCAGCAGGAACAGGCAAAGAUUACCUCUGUCUGUGGAACACACAUUUCCAGACUCUGCAAGCAGGCAGAGAACUGGCAGGCAUGAUAUAUGGCCAGUUGUGGUGUUACUCCGGGAAGCUCUUCGUGCCUCAUGGGAAAUCUCUGUCCGUGAUCCCGUUUGAGUGUCAGAAAUCAUCUCUGGCCAGUGCUGUAGGGAAGCUAAAACAGACUUCAGGCACUAAAGAGAGCAAGGCUCCAACUCUAGUGGCCUCAUGGGACACACUCCUCCAUGGUGAAUCAACACAGACACAGAAGAGCCGAGUGACACGGAAGAGUAAGACUGCAAAGAAUCAAUGUCCAACAGCAGAGGAGCUCGCUGAGAACAUUAAGGUGGGCUCUGUCACUGAGGUGCAGAAGGAUAUGGAUGCGUUCCUGUGUGGAUUAGAGCAGGGAGAACUGCAGGUGGCCGCAGGGAGGCUGGCAUCCGAACUGGUGGCACGAUGCCAGGCAGAUCCGACCUUUUACCCACAGGCUACCCUAAUGCAGCUGGUUGAAACAAACUACAUGUGCCACAGUGUGUGUCCUAAUCUACUGAUGCUGGCUCUGGAGAAGAAUGACUUUAGACUUUGCCAGCUGUGUCUGCAGCUGUUCCACGACAUUCCAGAAGCUGUCACCUGCGCAUGUCUCAAGACCAUCCUCAGUGUUCAGGAUGCAGAGCUGGAGCAAGUGAACCUAGAAGCGGACAGUCUGCUGUUCAUGAAGACCCUCACCCAGACAACAGACCACUCCGGCGUGGACAGUGGUCAGCGUAACGGUUUCAGCCCUCAGGUUUUGGAGGAAGAAAGCUGUGAUGUUCCACCAGACCCUGUGACCAAGGACAAAAAGCCGGCCAAAGACCCAUUAGCUCUGGAUAUGAGCUGCCCUGUGGGACUUCAUAGAGGAGUUCUGAUAAAUGAGGUUUUGCAGACGCCUUACAGUGACAACCUUCUGCUUCCACACCUAAAGGACCUCACUGUCCCACAGGUUAUACUCCUCCUGCAGUAUUUGAGAUUCCUGUAUCUGAAAUAUUCCCAAGAUGUCCACUCUCAAAUCCGAGCCCUCCGAAAGCCAGCUGUCACUCAGGUUAUGGAUUGGGUUUGCUUGUUACUGGAUGCUCACUUCACAGUUCUUGUUUUGGCUCCUGAGGCAAAAGACUUGCUGUCCAGUCUUCACAUGUUUGUUAGGUCUCAGGUGAAGUUAUACUCUGAGCUGGGGAAGAUCGAGGGAAGUCUGGAGGCGCUCAAAAAAUCGAAGAAGUCCAAAGAGAUUGGCCAAUAUUCCAUUGAAGUGAUUGAGCUAUUUUAGACAACCUGUACAGAAUCUUUUUAAUAAAACUCCUGAUGACCUACA